ACGGUAUGGACCCUACCGCCUUGGUCAGAGAGUCUAUUGCGCGUGUAGUGCAGCGCGCCAACCACGUGAACAUUGGGUCUGCAGCGGUGGAGUGCCUCGCAGCCAAGCUGAGUGCCAGGUUAAGUGAAGGCGAUCAGGGCGUUGUGACGUGGGACAGCGGCGACUUUCACUACUUCGAGGACGUGAAGCAGGACGGCCCUGUGACGUGUCAAUAUGUAUUUGUGCUGGACGCCCUCAAUUUUUGCUUCUGGCCCACGGAAAAUAUGGAGUACGAGCAUUUGGCGAGGGGCCUGAAAACGACGUUGCUACAUGAUCCUCAUGCGCUGGAUGCUGAGAACUUGGCGAAGGUGACCAAUGACAUGGUGGCGUCUUGGUUCCAUCCGUUCACGCCACCACAACUGGAUGAACGUCGACGUAAGGUCCGAGAAGUGGGCGAAGUGUUGCUGCAAUUUUUCGACGGACAGGCUUUGAACUUGAUCAAGAAAGCCAAUUGCUCGGCCGUUGAAGCUAUUCGUCUUGUGCUGGCGUAUUUCCCAGGCUUCCGAGACCACGCAGUGUAUAAGGGCGAGCAGGUGCAUUUCUACAAGCGUGCCCAGAUUUUGGUUGGGGACGUUUGGGCAGCUUACGGACGUCAAACGUCCGGAGCUGCUUCUUUCCACGAUAUCGGGAAAUUGACGAUGUUUGCUGACUACCGAGUACCGCAAGUUCUGCGUCCCGAGGGCGUGCUUGUUUAUUCUGCGGAGCUAGCGAAGCUCGUCGACAGUAAAGCGGAGAUCCCGGCUGGAAGCGAGAUGGAGUUGGAAAUCCGAGCAGCAACUAUCCAAGCGGUCGAGUUGAUCCACAAGCAAAUGGUCACCAAAGGGCAUCGUCUCAAGGUGAUUGAGCUCGAUUGGCUGCUCUGGCAAAUUGGAGAAGACAACAAAGAAGAUCUGUUGCCACACCAUCGCACGUGGAGCAUUUACUACUAACUGCUGCAGGCCACACUUGUUAUACAGCUAAGCUCAAGACCAAAAAGCACAAAUCCCAUCAAACUACAUGCAUUUCUCCUUUAUGCAUCGGGAGCUACACGUACGCUGAUGAAUCUAACAACGUCCAUCGCUUUAAACGUGCGGCCCACUAGAGAAGCCGCUAGCAGCU